GGUAUUUCUCUUUUCAUCUGCGGCAACUGUUCUCCGCUCUCCCUCCCUUUUCCUCUUUUUCUUCUUCUUCCUCGGAUCCAAGUCGCUGGUUAAGGUGAAGUGCACUGUUUCUAUCUGUGUCUUUUUCACUUCUCCCCUCUGUCUUUCGAGUUUCCAUGGCCCCAGAUCUGAAAUUCUCUGAGCCCAUACUCGCCUGACAGUAAAAACUGGAAUUAAUUUCCGGCGGAUCUCUUUUGAUUGUUCCGGACUUCAUGGGUUGCUCUAUGUUUAACACGUCCAAUUCCUUGCUGCUGAAUGCCUGUUGGAAACCCUAAAUCUAACUCUUGUUUUGGUGAGACGCAGAUGGCAGGAAAAGGAGGAAAAGGGCUUUUGGCAGGGAAGACCACCGCCUCUAACAAGGACAAAGAUAAGGAUAAGGACAAAAAGAGGCCUACCUCCAGAUCUUCUCGCGCUGGUAUCCAGUUCCCUGUUGGACGAAUCCAUCGCCAUCUCAAGCAAAGGAUUGCUGCUCAUGGUCGAGUUGGAGCUACUGCUGCCGUGUAUUUGGCCUCAAUCCUUGAAUACCUUACUGCUGAGGUUCUCGAGCUUGCUGGGAAUGCAAGCAAGGAUUUGAAAGUGAAGAGAAUCACGCCCAGGCAUCUGCAGCUGGCCAUUCGAGGGGAUGAGGAGCUCGAUACUCUCAUCAAAGGUACCAUUGCUGGUGGUGGGGUCAUCCCUCACAUCCACAAGUCUCUCAUCAACAAGACCAGCAAGGAUUGAGAGAGAGAGAGAGAGAGCUUGCUGUUAUUUAUCUUUCUUGUCUAGCUUCUAUCAAGCUUGAACUAGGGCACCUCUGUUUAGUUGUGUGAAGCUUUUAAGUUGGGUUUAGGGUUCAUGUUUUAAGGCUUCUCUGAUGUUAUAUUUGCCAGUAUUGUUGUCAGGGCUUGUUGGGUUUAGUAGUACAUAGGAUCUUUAACCUGUAGGGUUGUGUUUCUAGACUAGAACUGGAAUCUUCUUUUUCGGUAGCAGGUAGUUCUGUUGGAUUGUUAAGUUAUAGAGGGUUCCGACACUAAUCCCAUAAUUGUGUGCCCAAGUUUAUCGUCAUGUAUUUGGAUUAAUUCUUCUGCUUUCCCUUUGCAACUGCCCGACUGCACCAGUCAAUUGCGAGCAAUCAAAUUACGGGAAAUUC